AUGACGGUGUUUAUAGCCUCCCUCUUUCUCCCGAAGACGAUCCACUUCACCCUCCCAGGGACCCCGCCUCGUGGUUCAGCGUCCGAAAAGAAGCAGCCCAAGCCGGUGCCGCCCGAGAGACAGCCGAGCCUGUUUCAGCCGAGCAACAUCACUCCCCCGAUUACGCCGACGGAGGAAAAGAAGGGAGAUGACCCUUUCAUGAACGAGGAUGGCCUCCGUGUGCAUAUCCCGGGCGCCCCCGAGCCUGUUACCGACACCCUCCGCGCCCCGGCCGACCGCAGCUCCCCGACCUGGGGAGGUCGCCCCGAUCAACCCAUGUCGCGCGCGAACUCGCCGCCUCCCCCUUCGCUAAUCGACAAGGGCCGGCUGCUGCAGCAAAAGGCAAAAGAGCUGGGACGUCAGGGUGUGACGCAGCCGCGUUCGUUGGUUAGAAGUGAUAGCCACGACCGCGUCUUCGCCCAUGCCAACUGGAAGGUCGUCAAUGCCGACCAGGGUAACGGCGGCUUGCGUAACGCGGCCGAGGCCGCUGCUAGAGAGGGCAAGCUGGCCGAGUACACCUGGGUCGGGACCUUGGGUAUGCCGACCGACGCCCUCCACGGGACACAGCAACUGCAGGACAUCGAGGACAGGUUAGCCACGGAGCACAACAUGCUCAGCGUGUUUUGCUCCGACAAGGAUUUCGACGGCCACUACUCGCACUUCUGCAAGCAGAUCCUCUGGCCGGUCUUCCACUACCAAAUCCCCGACAACCCGAAGAGCAAGGCGUACGAGGACCAUUCAUGGAAGUACUACGUCAAUGUCAACCAGGCGUUCGCCGACAAGAUUGUCAAGAACUGGAAGCGCGGCGACGUUGUCUGGGUCCACGACUACCACCUCCUGCUCGUGCCCUCCAUGGUCCGCAAGAAGAUCCCCGAGGCCAAGAUCGGCUUCUUCCUCCACGUCGCAUUCCCCUCUUCCGAGGUAUUCCGGUGCCUGGCUGUGCGGAAGCAGCUUCUCGAGGGCAUGGUGGGGGCCAACCUGAUCGGCUUCCAGAUUCACGAGUACACCAGGCACUUCCUCCAGACUUGCAGCCGCCUCCUCAGCGCCGAAGCGACGCCCGAGGGCCUGCAGCUCGAGGACCGCUUCGUGGAUGUCAUCAACCUGCCGAUCGGCAUCGACCCGGUGAGCCUCACCCAGCACCGCGAAGAGGCAGAAGUUAAGAGGUGGCUGGACAUCAUGCGCGAACGCUACGCUGGUAAGAAGCUCAUUGUCGCCCGGGACAAGCUGGACCACGUCCGCGGGGUCAGGCAGAAGCUGCUCUCAUACGAGCUUUUCCUAAACUCAAACCCCCACUGGCGGGACAAUGUCGUCCUGAUCCAGGUCGCGCUGUCCACCAGUGAGAAGAGCGAGCUGGACGCCGCCGUGUCUGAUAUUGUCACUCGCGUCAACUCGUCCUGGGCAAACCUCGCGUACCAACCGGUCGUCUACCUGAAGCAGGAUAUUGACUACGCGCAGUACCUGGCACUCCUGAGCAUCGCCGACGCACUAAUGAUCACCAGCCAGCGCGAGGGCAUGAACCUCACGUCGCACGAAUACCUGUACUGCCAGGAUGGAAACUUCAGCGAGAAGAAGCACGGCUCCCUCAUCCUGUCCGAGUUCACGGGCACAUCGUCUCUCUUUGGCGGCAACGAGCUGUCGGUCAACCCGUGGGACUAUCGGGCCUGCGCAAACGCCAUCAAGAAGGCGCUCGAGAUGGGCGAUGAGGAGAAGGAGCAGCGCUGGUCCAAGCUGUUUGACCGCGUCAACCUCCACACCGGCUCGCAUUGGUUUACGGAAUUCAUGUCGCGCCUGGACGAGGUGCACGAGCAGCAGCACAAGCGCGAGAUGACGUCGGUCCCGCGCCUCUCAAUCCCGCACGUCAUCCAGCAGUACACGCGCAGCAACAGGCGCCUGUUCAUCCUCGACUUUGAGGGCACCCUGGUCAGCUGGGGCCCGGUCGACCAGAUCAUCACGGUCAGCCCGCAGCGAACCGUCGAUGUCCUGAACGACCUCCUCAUCGACGACCGAAACACCAUCUACGUCAUGUCCGGCCGCAGCCCCGACGAGCUCGACCACCUCUUCCGCCUGGUGCCGAACCUCGGCCUGAUCGCGGAGAACGGGUGCUACCUCAAGAACUUCGGCAGCUCCGAGUGGACCGAGGUGGCCGACUCGAACCAGAUCCGCGAGUGGAAGGAGUCGGUGCAGCCCAUCCUAACCUACUACCUAGAGCGCACGCCGGGGGCCUGGAUCGAGGACCGCCUCUGCUCGCUCAAGUUCCACUACAAAUCGGCCGAGGACUACGAGGCCGCGCAGCGCCAGGCGAGCGAUUGCGCUAGUCACAUCAACGACGCCUGCGAAGCGCAGCGUGUGCACGCCAUCCCGCUCGACAGCUGCGUGCUCGUCGAGCCCAUCGACUGGACCAAGACCUCGGCGGCGCAAAAGAUCUUUGCCGACCUCCAGACGAGCAUGGCGCCCGCCGAGGGGCCCAAGUCCCCCGACUUCCUCAUGGUCAUCGGCGACGGCCGCGAGGACGAGAAGGUCUUCAAGUGGGCCAACACGCUGGGCGAGGAGGGCUCCGUGAAGGAGGUGGCCACGGUCAGCCUGGGUACUAGAAACACCGAGGCGGCGACCACAUUGACUCAGGGCGUUAGCGGCGUCCUGAUAACACUGCAUAAGCUGGCGACGCUCACGUAA